GUGUUUUCAAUGAGAAGGCGUGGUUUUCGUGUGUUGGGCAGUCGUUUGUGACGUCACCGCUUGACAGACAAGCCUCUGUUUAGUAACUAAGCUGCUGGCUGUGAGAUGUAACAACAAAAGACUGGCGAGCUGUGUUGCGUUGAGUCUGUGAAACAAAGGGUUUUCUGAAGCCGCCCCCAAAAGCACUGACAUCUCCCGGACCAGCCUCGCAACGCUAACCGAAGUAAACGGAUUUGGGGCCCGUGAACACUAACCCAAGUAAACGGAUUUGGGGCCCAUGGCUUUGGACACUUAGCGUUCAACAAGACAUCCGCCUUGGAUCCGUGCAUUUAGUAGUGGAUUAUUUUGCGUAAAGCCUUGUGUCGAAAGAAACUUACAGAAACGUUAGUGGGGUAACUGCUCAGUUCCAGUGCAUCACCACUUUUAGCGGGCAGCAUCAGUGUGGAAGAAGGGUUAGGCGAAGGAGCGUCCGACUGACCAAGCAGAGUACAUCCAAAAGGCUUGGCCCGAAUGCGGAUUGUUUAUCGAGAACCGAGUGAGUGGAUAAAGACAACCAGCGGGGGAAAAGUCUAAGAGAAAGCGGUAUAUUUAUUGGGCCGGUGUGGGUGUGCAUAUAUAUAAUAUCAAAGACGCUUUCACUGGGUGUAUACCUGAGAAGACGGUCCCGAGCAGCCUCUGACACAGAGCAACACACGAGGCGUCCACGCUCUAUACGAAUAAUUAGUAUAUAAAAUGGGACCCGUCAGAUUGCAUAGUUUUGAAUGAAGAGGGUCAAUUGGACUGGAUUGGAUGCGUUGCGAAAACCAAGUCGGCCAGCGUGCAUGGGACAGGCAAACAAAAACAGAUACAAAAGAGAGACAAAGGUUUCCUGGAAAAAAGGAUUCUGUGCAAGGAAACAACACAGCUUUAAAAACCGCGGUCGAGCUCUCCAUGGAUAUAGAUACAGACUAUGAGAGACCAAAUGUUGAGACACUAAAAUGUGUGGUGGUUGGAGAUAAUGCUGUGGGGAAGACACGACUGAUUUGUGCAAGAGCCUGUAAUGCCACCCUCACCCAGUACCAACUGCUUGCCACCCAUGUGCCUACUGUCUGGGCAAUUGACCAGUAUCGAGUGUGUCAAGAGGUGUUGGAACGGUCUCGUGAUGUUGUGGAUGAGGUCAGUGUCUCUCUGCGUCUUUGGGACACAUUCGGAGAUCAUCACAAGGACAGGCGUUUUGCAUAUGGCAGAUCAGAUGUCGUGGUACUUUGUUUCUCACUUGCCAAUCCUAACUCCUUGCGCCAUGUGAGGACGAUGUGGUUCCCUGAGAUUAAGCACUUCUGUCCGCGAACCCCCAUCAUCCUUGUGGGCUGUCAGCUGGAUCUCCGUUAUGCUGACCUUGAUGCUGUUAACCGUGCACGUCGACCACUUGCCAAGCCCAUCAAGCCAACAGAUAUACUGCCACCAGAGCGAGGUCAUGAAGUAGCUAAGGAGCUUGGUGUUCCCUAUUAUGAAACUAGUGUGGUUGCUCAAUUUGGAGUGAAAGACGUCUUUGAUAAUGCAAUCCGCGCUGCUCUAAUCUCACGUCGACAUUUGCAGUUCUGGAAGUCCCAUCUGAAGAAGGUGAAGCGUCCCUUAUUACAGGCACCUUUUCUGCCACCAAAGCCACCUCGACCUGUUAUCAGCAUCCCUGAGCGUUCCCCUCAUGAGGGUGUGGCACCUGCCACCUUGUUCUGUGUACCCAUCUGCGCUGAUGUCCUCUUCCUACUGCAGGGAGGUACAUACCGCAUCUUUGCCCAUAAGAUUUACUUGGCUACUUCUUGCUCUAAAUUUUAUGACCUGUUUGUUAUGGAUCUGACAGCUGCAGACUUACAUUUUGAAGAUGGUGAAAGAGAUUGUGAUGAGCGGAAAGGAGUAAAAGAACAAGCUGCACGCACCAAAAGUUUGGACAUUGAUAAUGACACUUUAAAUGGAAAUAGCAUAUCCCACACUCAUGGUGGGAACCUGAAGACUUCAAAGAGUGACAAUGCCCUUCCUGACAGAGCUCAGAACCAGGGUGGCACUUUUUCUGCUAAGAACCUCUCUAGCUGGGGGAGAGGUUUUCUUAGUGUGUGUCUGGAGCAUGUUGAAGACCCAGUUACCCGCCGAACUAGGCUUAUGACAGUUGUGGCUAUGGAUUCUCUUGUUCUGCCUGGUCCCUUCCAAGUUGUCUUAGAGUAUCUGUACAUGGGUAGCUUGGAUGAAAACCGUGGUGAUCUAAUGCAGGUGGCCACUAUUGCAGAGCUGCUGGAAGUUUUUGACUUGCGCAUGAUGGUGGCUAACGUUCUCAACAAAGAGAGUUUCAUGAACCAGGAGAUAACCAAGGCUUUCCAUGUCCGUCGUGCCAAUCGUAUCAAGGAGUGCUUGGUGAAAGGCACCUUUGCAGAUGUUGUCUUCCACAUGGAUGGUGGUCAACUGCCAUCACAUAAGCCUUUGUUGAUUGCCAGUUGUGACUGGAUGGCAGCUAUGUUUAGUGGAUCUUUCAUGGAGAGCUACAAUGACCAGGUUUCUAUUCCUAGAACAAGCUGCACAUGCAUGCAGACUGUCCUUGAGUAUCUUUACACCAGCCUCUUGACUCCUUCACCAGGGCAUGACUUACUGGAACUCAUCGAACUGGCCAGUAGGUUGUGCCUGCCACGCCUUGUUGCUCUAACAGAGCAAUAUGCAAUUGAUGAAAUGCUGAGAACUGCAAGUCAAGGAGUUGAUAUGGAUGGACAAGUGUUGGCAUAUUUAGAAAUGGCACAGUUCUACAAUGCAAAUCAGCUGGCGGCAUGGUGUCUGCAUCACAUCUGCACAAACUACAAUAGCAUCUGUCGCAAGUUCCGUAAGGAGAUGAAGAGGAUGUCACCAGAAAAUCAACAACACUUUGAGAAACAUCGCUGGCCACCUAUUUGGUUUCUAAAGGAAGAGGAUCGAUACCUGCGCUCUCAGAAAGAACGAGACCGAGAGGAAGAAACUCUUCGGAAACAACGUACCAAGCGAGGCUGGUGCUUCUGGAAAAACACAGUCUCAUCCCACGUCUCCUGAAAGUGCCCAUCUGCUUUAGCUUGUCUACGCCAGCACUACAUGUGUGCAGACUAAAGAGUGAUGCCCUUCAAUAGAGAAGUUCUCAGAAAUGCAAGGAGCUUGCAAAGAAACAGUCACUCCUUUGACAAUGGAGUGAUGAAUUAUUUCUUUUAAGCACAGACAGUUUGAAUUGGUGUGGCUUCGUAUUUGAGGUGCUCCGCUCAAAGAAAAUUAGCAUGGAUUGUUGAUAUAAAGAAGAAAUGUUCAAGAUACAGUAUUAGCUGACGCAGCCCUGUGCAGUUGUAGUUCUCGUGGGAAACGGUGAUACCAAUAGCAACACCGGAAACAAGCUGCCGUGCUGGAGUGGUGCCUGUUAUCAUCUUUGCUUGCCUGUCAUUUUGGCUACUGAAGUGUCACAGCUGACUAUGGUAAGCAGCUCUGAGAACACCAAGAAUGCAAUCCUCCAAAUCACUGCCAGACAGCAAAGGGCUGAGGUGUGAGCUGACUACGUCAUCCUACCCAAUGUUUUUGGAGCUAUAAUUUUUUUUUUUUAAGCACAAAUAUUAACUCAAUAUUUUGAUUCUCUGUCCCGUCGCAUGAUGCCAGGGAUGGCAUUUAAAAAAGUGUUUUCAUAAACUGUGGCUGCUUACAGUGUUAUGAGGCAUGGCUUAAGUAGCCUUGCAAAUUUUCAAGCAGAUGUUAAAAGACGCAUGAAUUCUGCUUACAUGAACCCAUGAAACGAAAAUUCUGUGUCCCUUUAACACUGUUAUGUCAAAAACACCUCCCCACAAAUAGCACUUCCCUGCAUGCCCACUCAUGCAGUGCUCUUGAUCACAUCUGUGCCUUCUGCCAGUUUACAUCCAAGGAUUUUGAACUUGUGUGUCACUCAGUUCUUUGUCCACAGAAGAUAUCUUUAAAAGACUGGACCACAGCUCUGGGCAGUGGUGCCUGUCAUGUGCUGUUGUUUACCAACAGUCUGUGAUGGUUUCCCUCCCAUUUACCAAGUUGACGGACCUGAACUUGGAGAUGCUUCCUUUUAAGAGUUUUGAUCGAAGUUUAUGUGAUUCAAAUGUUUUCCCUUUUGGUUGAUUUUUUUUUUUUUUACUAAUCUGGCUUUGGUCCAGCUGGGAGGUAUUACUGCGGCCUUUUAUCUCCUGAGCUGGGUGAGCUGGUAGAACUUCCAGUAUCCAGCGUAUUUUGGUGUAACCCAGACAAUCUUCGGCAGUGUCCCAUGAAGGCCUUGAAUACAUGUGACUUUAUGUGGGUUUAACACUUAAAGUUUUUAAAAUGGUAGUUGUGUAGUCUCCUGUACUUUAGUUGUCAGGAGGCAGAUCCAUAGUUUGAAUAAGGUAGAAGAGUAGUCAUGAUUACCAUGAGCACAUUUAACACAUCAGAUUGAAUUUGUAUGCGAACAGACAGACUGUACUGAAAGGCACCUACCUCUGAAAGAAUCUGAUCUUGGAGAACAUACAUCCUGAUGUAUGUAAGGACUGCAGGAGGAGGAGGAGGAGGGUUAGCUCUGUCACUUCCUUCUUUUUUUCUUUUCUUUUUUUUUUUUAAUAAGUGAUUAUGGUGGUGAUGAACCAAAGCUCAUCACUUGAAAAAUCUUAUCUUCCUAACGCUUUCAUGUCUCAGAUCCUACAUGAACACUGGUAUCUGGUUUGAGAUCAGGUGGCGGGUGAUUUAGCAGACAUUUAUAAGUCAUGGAGUUUGCUUCCCAGAAGACUGGGGUUACUUUGAGGAGCUAAUUUCUGGUUGAGUGUGUUAUGUUACCGACUGUCCCACAAAUUGACCACUUUUGACUUCACUAAUACACAUACUGUAGUUCUCUGAGCUGACAGGAAAAGCGCAGGCAUUAAAAUGUGGGUGUUUGAAAAUGGUGUUUUUAAACCACACUAGCAUUUUCACAUUGUUUACAAAAGUAUUUUUGUCCAGACUAAAAUGAAUGAAAACACAUAUGAAGUAAUCCCCUGCUUACGCUAGGCAUGUGUGCAACAUAGACAUCUUUAAAAGUGCAAAAGCUGUGAGAUUGUGUCACACAUUUAUGCCUGAAUUGCAGUUGCCAACUGAUUUUCUGAGUCAGCAUGAAUUUCAGCUUCAUCAGCUGUUGUUUCACGUGUAGCAUAAGGGUGGUUGCAGUGCUGAAUUACAUCUUACUAUUGGGCUGUUGCAUCAUUGGAGGAAUUUCUGUCAUGUCUGAAAUUUCAUUCAGCUCUCUUGUACUGUGAGUUGUCUCACAAGUUGAUUUUUCUAAUGCUGCCAUCAAGUUUACUGAAAUUCAUUAUACAGCCACCGCAGUGAGUGUGCGUUGUUUAGUCUGAGCACCUAUGUUGUGACAUCUCAAUCUGACAGAAUGAGCACCUAUACUGUACAUUGUGCAGUGUGACUAGUCACUUGACCACUGACGUCUAAAAACUGCAGUAGACGCAAUUUAGAUGCAUAAAAGUAAAUGACACAACUAUGUGAGUGACCAGUCGGGGAUUGAGACAUAAAGAAUAAGAUCCAAUCAGAGAAGGGUCACAUAAUAAGCAUGAACCAAUGGGAGUGUGAAGGGAUUCUGUGUUUUCAGAAAAUGUCAUUUUCGUCCUGUCCACACUGAAACACCGCACCAGUAUUUUAUUUAAAAGUUAUCUGUCUCUGGAGAGCAUUUUCAGAAGUAUUCCUUUUCAUGGGUUGAAAACAUCAGUAUUAGUGUGGAUGAAAGGCAAAACUUGAAAAGAAUGUCUGCGUUUUUUAAAACGAAAAUCUAGUAAUGUGAUUGGGGUCUGAGACAGACAGUCAAGAUAUGUCAUCAGGUGUAGAGCGAGUUGAAGUCACUAGCCGUACACUUGUGCACACCAGAACUCUACAGAAGGAAUUAAACACUUAAUAUUUGCUUUAAAAAGAGGGCUUACAAGUAAAGAUAAAUAAUGGUGCAAUGCAAGAUACAGUUAAAAACCUUAGUAGGGUUAUUGACAGAGCGGAUCCCUAGGAAGAUGAUCCAGGGGAUGGUCUGUGGCAAAUGUGCUACCCAAAUUGAAACUUGAUCUUGAUUGUAGAGGAGCGUUCCUCAGGGGUAUCAGUAAAUCAAAUAACUCAAACUGAAGCUCCAUUUUCCUUACACUAGCAGCCUAACCACAGAAUGUCCUCAUUUGCUUGUGCACUGUACCUCGCAGGCUGUAGUACCACCUAUGGCCUCGUCUCCUUAGGUGUCCUGCACUAGUGGGAUUGUCCUGAGGAGCAGCAUACAGCAACAUCUGCACAUUUCCAUAGAGUUUGUAAAGUGAGUGACCUAGCGAGAGACCAAACCUCGGGUAAAGGUCAUGGCAUUUUCCUUUACUCUAUGCCAGCAGUACACUUCUGAAACACUCCCAACAGCUUCUCUUGUAGAUAUUAGAACAACAAUCACAGGGGAUUUUUAUGGGCCCAUCAGAGGUGUGUCAAACGGCUACUAGCAACCCUGAGCUGAAGGCAACGUUUGACAUGUGGUUUGUUACCUGGUAAAGUUCUGCAUUGCUGCUGGGACAAUUUUGACUUGGCCUUGGUAUUUUAGCUCAGGAGAGCUUUACAACCAAAGUGUAACAAGUGUCUGUCCAUUGUCCAUAGUGUAGGUCGAUUCCUAAUGGCUUACGUGAUUAAAGUAAAUUCUGCCAUGUUAACCUGAAUGACUGAUUUGCUAGGCUUGGUUAAAACGGAUUCUCAGGGCAACUGUGUAAGUAGGCCUGGAUCUUUGUAGCCUAGAUCACUGUAUUUCAAUCUUUUUGGCUUGUGGAGCAGUUAAAAGAUGACAGAUAUUUUAGUUGCGGACCGUUUAGGUAAUAAUCGAAAGGGAAAUUGAGCGUCCACCAUUAUUUGCAUCAUAUCGGAGAGUAGGGAGAGUGGAGUCUAUGUCCAUCUUGAAGUUUUGAGCUUCCAGAUUUACUAACAUAGGAGGUUUGAGCGUAAAGAGUUGGUAGCAUUAGAUUAGAGAGCAGCAGAAGGAGUCCUACUUGGAGAACUGAGCAUUCACAUUUAUUAACAAUACAUUGAUGUCUGGAGAGCACCUUGGACCAUCAGCUAGGAAAGACUGGGCUAAAAUACAUUACCUGCCUGAUUUCCAUGGACUGCCAAAACAAUUCAGUGGACCGUUUUUGGUUUGCAAACUGGUUGUUGGGUGCCAGUGGUCUGGUGUUCAAUGACAGAUCAGAUGGAUUGGAGCAGGAAGGAUUGCCUUAAUACUACAGUGAUUACAGGACAAGGGAUUGACAUGUUGAGUUGGGCGCACAUGUUUCCCUACUAGAUUUUUAUUUGUUUCAAAUGGACAUGACUCCUCUCAUGCUUUGGUUUGCGUUCAUGCGAGCAACACCGUAUCUUGUACCCCUUUCUAAAACAGAUCCAGCUGUGUGACUGGUCAAAUGUUUGGGUUCAUCUUUGGCUUGACAUUUUAUUUCUUUCAUGUUGCUUUCGAUCAUUUCUGAACAUAUUCUUUUGGGUUGCAGUUGCAGAGUGUUUGGAAAAUUUAAUUCUAGCGUUGACAUUUUAUUUUAGUAUUUUAGAGAAUAGUACAUUUUGAGUUAAACAUUUACUGUAUACCUAGCAGAAUUAUUAGGCAGCACUGUAUCAAUACCUCUGAGCUACAAAAAGGCAGAUGCUUACAAUACCCCCUUAUCGGCUCUUGUUUUCCCCUUAGCCCACUGUACACCAUGCUGUUUACGUCCCUUGAAGUCAGUAAACACUAAGGCCAAUAACAUUCUCUUCAGUCAGUGAUGUCCCCUGGUAUUGGUCAGCAUCCAUAUGUCUGCCACAACCUUGUUUUCCUUCCUGUUUUGUAUUUUUUAUAAACAUUAUUUUAUUCAAUCAAGAAAACAAAUAAAGAAGUUGUGAAUCUUAAUAAAUAAAAGGAAACCUGUGACAUUAUGAAAAUAAAAGAAUGCAGGAUAUUAGAACAUGCAACAAAUCCAUUGGCCCCCUCUAAAGCCAUUAAGCCUAAAAUGAGCAGAACGAUGGGUAAAGUCCCUUUCUGCUUCAUCGUCUCAUGCAGGCAACUGCAGAGAAGUCUUAGUUUAUCACAGUCAGUACCGGUUUAAUGCUUACCCGCAAAAUAUUACCAAACAUACGUAUAUUUGUAUACAAUCAUGUGAAAAAGUAAGUACAGCCCAUGGACUUUUUCAAAAUAUUUGAAUAGGCAUACAGUAGAUCUUCAUGCAA